GAAACGCUUCUCGUGAAAGUGUCGAGGUGGAUUGGCGCUAUCAUCAUAUGGAGGCAAACGGGGCGCCGUGUUAGGCAUUCCAGCCUGCACGGACGCCUUGGUGCGCAACCCCAAGGAGUUGCGAAAUUUAUCAAUUUUCGAUCGGCAAGUGUUGAUUAUAUGUAAUAAAAAUGGCGGCGAGCAAACCACCGGAAAUGAAUUACACGUGUGAAAUUUGUGGCCUGGAGGGUUUCAACGACGAAGAGAUGAGGUCUCAUAUGGUUUUCUAUCAUCUACAAGGGGCUGCUAAUUGUCCGUUUUGCGAUUUAGGAGAAAUUUCGCCGACGGAAAUGUUGGCUCACGUUAAUAGUGCUCACCUUGAUUACUUAACACCAAGUACUCCAGAGAAUGAUAUGAUGGCAUUCAUCGACGAUGAUUCCCUGGUGGAUGAUCGUAGACACGAAGAAUGCCGUGGUCCUUGUCCUUCUCCAACCAUGUCUCCGAGCCCGCCUCUUCUUCAGAAUGGUUGGAGCAGUUCGCUUAAUUCACGUAUUAAACAGCAGCCAGAAAUACCAAAGUCUGAACCACAGAUUCCUAGUUCUAAUGUGAAUAACAACAACAAUAACAAUAACAUUGGGAAUGUUAAUAAUGUGAUAGAAGGCGCAGCUGGUCAUGGUUCUCCGUUGCGUUCAGGCCUAAAUCUGCAACUGCGUUCCCAUGCUUCGCCAAAACUUCCGGUUCAAGAGUGCCCCAUGUGCCCGUACAGUUCCGAUAGUCCGCUGAGGCUAGAGGAGCAUAUUAAUAGGCAACAUUUUGAUCUCACGUCGCCGUCCUUCCCACCUGAAUCACCACCGUCUCGCGAUAGCGUCUUUAACUGCCCUCUGUGCAUCACAUCUUUUCCAAAUUCUUCUGAUCUAGAAUUACACGUCAACAUAGAGCACAAAGAUAUUUUAAGUCCUGCAAAUGGUGCAGCUUCGCAGGCUGCUCAAGCAACUAAUGGCGGCGAUACUCCUGCAUGUCCAGUUUGUUUCAGCACUUCGUUUAAAAACAAUGACGAUCUAACAGCACACAUUGAAGAACAUUUUAGUAAAAAGUGUACUCCAUCUCCGAUAACUCCAGACUUAUCAACCGAUAGGAUGCUGGCAAAAGACAUGGAAAGACUGGAGAAGGAACUUCGAAAGUUACGCGAGCAGCGCGAAUUUGAAAUGUUAAGGGCGCAAUAUGGGAUGGACAAUCAGGGCAAUUUUCGAGAACAAAGUGUUACUAAUAUGCAGCGGGCUGUGUAUUCUGGUGAAAUGACAAUUGCCGAUUAUUACGAAAGGCAAAGCGAACUCAGAGUAGCCGAAAGUAGCGGUAUCGACGACAGCAGUUCUUGUACACGAGGACUAGUGCCCAAGAUACGAGCUGUUAGUCAAGCGUGUAGUAAUGUAUUGAGCACCUGGAUGUGUUCUACCGUAGACCAUUAUGCCACUACCUACGGAGACAAAGGCUGGGGAUGUGGUUAUAGAAAUUUGCAAAUGUUAAUUUCUUCGCUUUUACAACAUACAGGGUAUAACGAAUUAGUUUAUAAAGCGUGGAAUUCUGGUUUGAGCGGUAGCAGUUCUGCUAAGCAUCCGCUUCGAAGUUCGAUACCAUCGAUCUCUAGACUUCAAAAAAUGAUCGAGUGGGCUUGGGCUCAAGGUUUCGAUACUCAAGGAGCGGAACAGUUGGGAGGAAAGCUAGUGAAUACUAGAAAAUGGAUUGGUCCGACAGAAGUAGUUAUAUUAUUAUCUAGUCUGAGAAUUAAGUGUCAGUUGGUAGAUUUUUAUAGACCAACCAACUCCGACGGCGGACAUCCUGAGAUGUUUAACUGGGUUUUACAAUACUUCCAACGGUGCGAUGAUUUCAAGCCCCCUCUUUAUUUGCAACAUCAAGGUCAUAGUAGAACAAUAAUAGGAGUAGAACAAUUAAGAGAUGGUUCAAUAACUAUGUUAGUACUCGAUCCAAGCCAUAGUCCAGCACAAAUGGCACAAUUUAACAGCACCAGUAGUGCACUCGGUGCGAUGCGUUUAGUACGAAAAUCGAUUGCAGCAAUGAAAGCAAGACAGUAUCAAGUUGUUGCUGUUACCGGUAUCAUGGAGACUGAUCUCGAGUAUCACGAAAGCAAAGUAUUAUGUUUGAUUCGCGUACCUCAAGAUAGGUGAGAUUUGCUGACCCGAACAAGAGUGAAAUCUUUUGGAAAGACGAUAGACUGCCUCAAACCAAUUUUUUCUGGCAUCCUUAAAGUUACAUGAUCGCAGUGUUAUAGGUUUUAUCAUUAGGAGAUUUGCUCCACCAUAGUAGUUGCAAAAUAAUAUUAUUUAACAAUAUAUUCUUGCAUUUUUUAGCCAUUAUAAAUGGAUUGGCUCCUCGAAUGAUAUAGAUACGUGUAAGUUUGUGUCGCGAUUAAGAGAUUCGAAGCUGAAAUUGAUUAAAUCGCGAGAAAACAGGAAACAGAAAACAAAUGUCUAUAUACAUAUAUCGCGCGUAAUGAUUCCCAUUUUAAUCGAUAAUCGGUUCUGAAAAUAUUCUAUUACAUAUGAUGUGUGCUCGGGAAAGAAAGUUACAGUUAGAAACUAUAUAAAUGAUUUAAAAAAGAAAAAAAAUCAAUUUGAUCGUCGUUUCCUGUUCACAAUAUUCUGCUCAAUUUUCGUCGCACCGAACAGGCUGUGCUAAUUUUUAGUCGACCAAUCGUCCUAUGCCGGUCGGUUGCAUCAACGAAAAAGCCAUGGCAGAGCUUGAAAAACGAGACUCUUUCGUAGCUGUGAUGCUGUUAUCGAUUUAACGCUAAUCAAUCGUCUGAUUACAAAUAUUUUUGAAGACACUCCAUAUGAUCGAAAUAUUAAAAGAAAGGCAUUGCCCGCGCUUAUCUUCUUUCACCUGUACUUAACAUUUCUAAUAAACAUUCUUGUCAAAAUAUUGUCAAUUUUCAGUCAAUAAAAAAUACCAUUAGAAUUAAUACAUCGUAAUACGUACCAGAAUAAAAUUUUAUCUACCGUAUUUUUCUUAUUAUCAUUGCUUUUAUAUCGCUUUGGGGUGUCUACAAGAAUAACAAACAUAUUUCCAUAUAUUCUAUAUACAUUUACCUGUAUACUAUACACAUAUUUGCACACUCUUCGUUAUAUUACACUUUACUCACUCAUACAUCAAGUACAACUACUUUUCAUACUAAUUAUAAAUAUUCUAUUUGAUUGUUUCAUUAUUUUAAGGCUAUCCAUACUUAAACUUGUAAGUUGAAUUCAAUGCUGUGACUGAAAGAAAGCAAAACAAAACACUACAGUCCAUUAUAUCUUGUUACAUUAUACGCUUAAGAAGAAGAAGGAAGAAGAAGAAGAAGAAGAAGAAGAAGAAAAAAGAAGAAGUUAAGUGAUUUACAAAAUUAUUAUUAUUACUAUAUCAUUACAAUCAUCAUUUAUAUCGAAAUCAUUAUUAUCACAGUUCUCACUCAUCAUCGUCAUUAUUAUUAUUAUUGUUGUUGUUGUUGUUGCUGUUGUUAUCGCAACACUUACUGUAUCUGAUAAAUGAUAUUCACACAUACACACACCUAUUACUUACAGUUGACAAAUAUUGAAAAUCAUUAGAGAAUUUAAUGUUCAUUACAAUGAAAAAACAUUAUCGUUUUAUGGCUUUAAAAAUUUAUCAAAUGUACUAAUCGAAUGAAAAUUCGUCUUUCUGCUCGGUAGGACCAGAUGCAAUAAUAAUGACUGACACCAAAGAUACGAUUAUCAUUUAUAUUGAAUUGUAACAGAAAAAUUAAGAAUAUGUUCAACAUUUUGGAGUGUGGAGGCAAAUUAAGCCAUGGAAUUGUUAUGCAAGUGUAAAAAGAAUUUCACAUUAACCACAUGUCGAACUAAAAUAUAUGCUUUGUUAGAAUUCCCAA